UUGACUGCCCCGUUCCGGCUUCCUCCGAUCCCAACGCCAGAGAGAACGACUUAACAGCAAAUUUGUUUUUGCCCGCAGCUGGAAGGGGACAGAUCUCGGGAGGCAUCGGGAGCUGCGGAGCUUUUGGUGGGGCCAGGAGGGCGAGCGCGUGCGUGCGCCCCAGCCGCGGGUAUAUGAGAGAGGGGCGAGCGGGCUCGGGGCGGCGGGGAUGGCGGAGAAGCGGAGGGGCUCACCGUGCAGCAUGCUAAGCCUCAAGGCGCACGCCUUCUCGGUGGAGGCACUGAUCGGCGCCGAGAAGCAGCAACAACUUCAAAAGAAGCGGAGAAAGCUGGCCACGGAAGAGGCGGCGGGGGCGGUGGACGACGCAGGCUGCAGCCGUGGCGGAGGCGCGGGCGAGCACGGCUGCUCCGAGGCCGACGAAGAUGCGGCUGCUCAGCCGCCCGCAGUCAGCGCGGCGUCCGGGCCGGCACGGAGUUGCGGGGAUUCGGAGCGGAGCUGUGGCUCUCGAGGAGCUGCGGGCAGCUGUGAGGACGGCUUCCUGCAGGGAGCCUCCCCGCUGGCGUCCCCGGGAGGUUCCCCCAAAGGGUCUCCCAUACCUGGCCUGGCACGGCCCGGGACCCCGCUGCCCGCGCCGCAGGCCCCAAGAGUGGAUCUGCAAGGAUCGGAGCUCUGGAAGCGCUUUCACGAAAUAGGCACUGAGAUGAUCAUCACCAAAGCCGGCAGGCGCAUGUUUCCAGCAAUGCGAGUGAAGAUCUCCGGAUUAGAUCCUCACCAGCAAUAUUACAUUGCCAUGGAUAUUGUGCCGGUGGACAACAAAAGAUACAGGUAUGUUUACCAUAGCUCUAAAUGGAUGGUGGCAGGAAAUGCUGAUUCCCCGGUACCACCCAGAGUGUACAUCCAUCCAGACUCGCCGGCCUCUGGGGAGACUUGGAUGAGACAAGUGAUCAGCUUCGACAAGCUGAAGCUGACCAACAAUGAGCUGGAUGACCAAGGCCAUAUCAUUCUUCACUCUAUGCACAAAUACCAACCACGUGUGCAUGUCAUCCGCAAGGACUGUGGGGAUGAUCUGUCUCCAGUCAAGCCUGUCCCGUCAGGGGAGGGAGUGAAGGCACUCUCCUUCCCAGAAACCGUCUUCACAACUGUCACUGCCUAUCAGAAUCAGCAGAUUACUCGCCUUAAGAUAGACAGGAAUCCAUUUGCCAAAGGCUUCCGAGACUCUGGGAGGAACAGAAUGGGUUUGGAAGCCCUGGUGGAGUCAUAUGCGUUCUGGAGGCCAUCACUACGGACUCUCACCUUUGAAGAUAUCCCUGGAAUUCCAAAGCAAGGCAACACAAGUUCUUCAGCUCUCCUCCAAGGUACUGGGAACGGUGUUCCUGCUACACACCCGCACCUGUUGUCCGGUUCCUCUUGUUCCUCUCCUGCUUUCCACCUGGGGCCGAACACCAGCCAGCUGUGUAGUCUGGCUCCAGCAGACUACUCUGCCUGUGCCCGUUCAGGCCUGGCCCUCAACCGAUACAGCACAUCGUUGGCAGAGACCUACAACAGGCUCACCAACCAGAGUGGUGAGACCUUUGCCCCACCCAGGACUCCUUCCUACGUGAGCGUGAGCAGCAGCCCCUCUGUGAACAUGUCCAUGGGUGGCACCGAUGGGGACACCUUCAGCUGCCCGCAGACCAGCCUGUCCAUGCAGAUUUCAGGAAUGUCCCCUCAACUCCAGUACAUCAUGCCGUCACCGCCCAGCAAUGCCUUUGCUGCGAACCAGACCCACCAGGGUUCCUACAACACUUUCCGAUUACACAGUCCCUGUGCCUUGUAUGGAUACAACUUCUCCACAUCCCCCAAACUGGCUGCCAGUCCUGAGAAAAUUGUUUCUUCUCAAGGAAGUUUCUUGGGGUCCUCACCGAGCGGGACCAUGACUGAUCGUCAGAUGUUGCCCCCUGUGGAAGGGGUGCACCUGCUCAGCAGUGGGGGCCAGCAGAGUUUUUUUGACUCCAGGACCCUAGGAAGCUUAACUCUGUCAUCUUCUCAAGUGUCUGCACAUAUGGUCUGAUGGAGCCUUUAAGUUAAAUGG